AUGGCUCAUAAGGCGAGUACGGAAGCCAUCAUCCGUCUCAGUGUUCGAGUUCCCGAAAUUCCUGACCACAUCUUCCACGUUGAAAGCCAACACGACCUCGCGUACAAUGCCCUAAUUGAAACACGUAUGAAAUGGGUCGCAGCCAUCGCUCAGUACUUUGCGACUACGAAGUCAAUGAAUCAAUAUCAUAUUCGUGACUGGGAUAUCAUCUUGAACUAUGAUGGGAAGAUCGAAAAUGUCGGAGACCAAAUAGUCGAGGCAGCUUAUGAGUCGGCAGUAAGACAAUAUCCAGCACGCUACCAAUUGCCAAAAGAACUCAAUAGUCUUGCCAUGUCAGCGUCAGAAGCAGUGAGACGACAGGAGAUGUUUGCUCUAGGUGGCAUGUUUUAUCACAUUCUUUCUGGGAAGCAGUUGUUUCAUGAACUGGGCGACAGAGCAUAUAUUUCUCAAGUUGUGUCGGCUCUGCUUGUUGAAGGAAAGUUUCCAGACGAUGUGUGGACUCUUCCUAUGGCAGAAGUCAUUCUCGCUCAUUGGUGUCUGGAGAUCGGAGAAGAGUUUAAGAAGUUUACUAUGCCUAAACUCGAACCACCAGUCUUUUAUACACCGUUCCUGGGAGGUAUGAUAUUUGUAAGAGGUGUUUUAGCAGCACUUGUAGUACCAGCGAUACCUGCAGGCAUUGUUGAAUGGGGAAACAAAGUGUUAGUUCCGACAACUGAUAACAUAACGGAAAGUUUGGACCCACAAUUCGGAUGUAGAAUUUCUGGUGCAGUCAGAGGGGUGUUCAAUGGGGGAUCUGUGAAUGAAGACGCUUGUGUGUUGAAAAGAAGAUUUCUCCAGAAAUGGAAAGAGUUGACCGGACAGGUUUAG